AUUACCAUUCAAACGUAAUGGCAGAACGAAACCAGUAGCAAUGGUGAUUGGAUGUUUGAUAGUUAUUUGUGUCACCUCACCAAUUUUUGGGUCAGCGACUCUUAUCUCUGUCAUUCAGGUGUUCCGGCAUGGUCAAAGAACUCCAACAGAACACUAUCCCAAUGAUCCUUAUUCAGAUCCUCUCAAUUGGCCUGUGGCUCCUGGACAGUUGACGAAUGUAGGCAAAGAACAACUCUACAACCUCGGCAAAUUCACAAGGGAGAGAUACAAGGAAGCAUUACCAGUUGCUUACUCCCCUGACUUCAUCCACGCCGAAACCACAGAAUUUGACAGAACGCACAUGUCAGCUCAGUGCUAUCUCCAGGGGCUAUUUCCGCCAACAAUAAAGGAAUUAUGGAAUCCACGUAUUUUCUGGAGUCCCAUUCCCGUUCAUCCCACAAAAGUGGUCACCACCUUUCAACCAUGCGCUCAAAGAAGUAAAGAACACGACAGAGUGUUGAACGAGGAACCUUACUUCAAAAACAUCGAUGCGACCUAUGCCAGUACUUACGAGUAUCUCAGCGAACAUGCUGGAUUGAACCAGACCACAUUAUCUGACAGUUUUUUCAUAUAUGAUACCCUUUUCAUUGAGAAUGAAUUUGGUUUCGUUGCACCUCCGUGGACCGAACGAAUUUUUCCAGAACCCCUUAAGACUCUGGUGGAAUAUUAUCUAGAAGUUGAUGGUUUCAAUGAGAAACUACAGCGUCUGAGUGCUGGACCAUUCCUCAACGAGGUAAUAGAACACUUUGAAAAAAUGGAGCAAGAUCCCACAAGUGCAAAGUUCUUUCGUGUGUAUAGCGCCCAUGAUAUCACCAUCGUAGAAAUUCUUUCAGCUCUGGGGGCGUUCCAACCACACUUUCCCUAUUUUGCCAGCACGAUAUACUUCGAAUUGCGGAAAACUUCCGAAGAAUCCUAUGUCAAUAUUUAUUACAAGCAGAAGGAUACCAUUCAGGAAAUAACUCCGUCAGGAUGUUCGAAGUUCAACUGUCCUAUUUUUCUCUGA